CGACAAACGAGGCAUGUGAUUUCAUAUGUCGCUCAUAUAAAUGAGUUAGCAGCGAUAAAUUUUUGACAUGGGUUUUGAGCCAGAUGUUCAGAAAAUUCUGAAAUAUAUGCCUGUCACAAAUUUGAAACCGGAUAAUGAAGACGCAGAAAAUGAGGAAAAGCUUUUGGCCAACUACAAUACAAAGAAGAAAUACAGACAAACGGUGAUGUUCACUGCCACAAUGCCACCGGCUGUGGAACGACUUGCUAGGACUUACCUGAGGAGGCCGGCUGUAGUGUAUAUUGGCAGCGUCGGUAAACCGACAGAACGCACUGAACAGAUAGUUCAUAUAAUGGGUGAAGCUGACAAACGAAAGAAACUUAUGGAGAUACUCAGUAGAGUGCAUUAA